UGCUUAAGAGACCCCGGAGUGGGACGCUCGCCCGAAGCCAGGCCGCGUCCGCCAUAGUGCCUGGCUUAGAGGUGUCGCCGACGCUUGGUGAGGGUCGGAGAGCCGCAGGGGGGCGAAAAAAAACCAAAAACCUAGGGAGCCAACGAAGUCCUCCCCGCUGUCCCCCACCGGUUUCCGGGCUUUCCGUCGCGGCUGUGGCCGAAAGGCGACGGAAGCGAAAGGCGAGAGGAACGCGAGGAGCCGGCGAAAGGAAGCGUCAGGGAGCCUCGGCGGUGUCCCCGGGUCUGCCGAAGCCACCCGGUCGCCGGCUGGGGCCGGGGGUGGUGAGGAAGGGCUUCGAGGCCUAGCUGAGGCCCAGCACCGGCUUUGUGUGUCAGGCGGCGGCGGCGGCGGCGGCGGCGGGGGGGAGGCGGAGCCGGAGCCGGGGGCGGCCGCGGAAGGCCUCUCCUCCGCCGACCGUGCGUUCUCGGCCUAGGCCGCGGGCCUCCGGGGAGCAGGCGACAGGGUUUGUGUGCGGUGGGGGCCUGGGCCUGGGGACGCCGACGCCGGUCUUCCGGAAGCCAGGAGGAGGCGAGAGGCCGGCCGCUCGUGGACUCCGGGCCUAGGCCCUCUCCCCGCAGCCUUCUCCCGGGGCCUGGGUCACCCCGCUCCACGGAGAGAGAGACCAAGCCGGGAGGUGCGGCCGCGCUAUGGACCCCUGACCCCGCGGGGUCAUUCGGACUCUAACGUGUGGACUGACCGCUACUGACUGCACCGCCUGCCCCCGUCUCCUGCCGGCCCUUAGCAUGAGCGAGGGGGACCCAGCCGGGUGACAUUGUGCCCGUUGGCGGAUUUUCGAUUUCCCCUUUUUCCGUCCUCCUCCCACAUGAAGCGAAUCUGAGUACGGGGGUGGGGGUUCUGGAUUAUUGUUGUUACGAACCCCCGCUUGUGGUUGGGGGGUAUUUAAUCUGAGGCCUUAGGGCCCUUCGGUGUCUUGAGUGUUUUUGUGUGUGUACAUAUUUGCUCUUAAGUUUAUAAAUAUACGUAUAUUGAGAGUGUCCACGUCUCCUCGCUGAACCUUAGGAACCCCUUGGCACAAUGUCCUGUGUGCAUUAUAAAUUUUCCUCUAAACUCAAGUAUGAUACCGUCACCUUUGAUGGGCUUCACAUCUCCCUUUGCGACUUAAAGAAGCAGAUUAUGGGGAGAGAAAAGCUGAAAGCUGCCGACUGCGAUCUGCAGAUCACCAACGCGCAGACGAAAGAAGAAUAUACUGAUGAUAAUGCUCUAAUUCCUAAAAAUUCAUCUGUAAUUGUUAGAAGAAUUCCUAUUGGAGGUGUUAAAUCUACAAGCAAGACAUAUGUAAUAAGUCGAACUGAGCCAGUGAUGGGAACUACAAAAGCAAUUGAUGACUCUUCCGCAUCUAUUACUCUGGCCCAGCUUACAAAGACUGCCAAUCUGGCUGAAGCCAAUGCUUCUGAAGAAGAUAAAAUUAAAGCAAUGAUGUCGCAAUCUGGCCAUGAAUACGACCCAAUCAAUUACAUGAAGAAGCCUCUUGGUCCACCACCUCCAUCUUAUACCUGUUUCCGUUGUGGUAAACCUGGUCAUUAUAUUAAGAAUUGCCCAACAAAUGGGGAUAAGAACUUUGAAUCUGGCCCUAGGAUUAAAAAAAGCACUGGAAUUCCCAGAAGUUUUAUGAUGGAAGUGAAAGAUCCUAACAUGAAAGGUGCAAUGCUUACAAACACUGGAAAAUAUGCAAUACCAACCAUAGAUGCAGAGGCAUAUGCAAUUGGAAAGAAGGAAAAGCCACCCUUCUUACCAGAGGAGCCAUCCUCUUCUUCAGAGGAAGACGAUCCCAUCCCAGAUGAGUUGUUGUGUCUCAUCUGCAAAGAUAUUAUGACUGAUGCCGUUGUCAUUCCCUGCUGUGGAAACAGUUACUGUGAUGAAUGUAUAAGAACAGCACUCCUGGAAUCAGAUGAACAUACAUGUCCAACAUGUCAUCAAAAUGAUGUCUCACCUGAUGCUUUAAUUGCAAACAAGUUUUUACGACAGGCUGUUAAUAACUUCAAAAAUGAAACUGGCUAUACAAAAAGACUUCGAAAACAAUUACCUCCACCACCAAUACCACCUCCAAGGCCGCUCAUUCAGCGGAACUUGCAACCUCUGAUGAGAUCUCCAGUUUCAAGACAACAGGAUCCUCUGAUGAUUCCAGUGACGUCUUCAUCAGCUCACUCAUCUUCCUCUAUCUCUUCUUUACCUUCUAAUCAGUCUUCCUUGGCUCCUGGGCCUGGAAAUUCAUCUGCUCCAGCUCCAGUACCUGAUAUAACUGCAACAGUAUCUAUAUCAGUCCAUUCAGAGAAAUCAGAUGGACCUUUCCGGGAUUCUGAUAGUAAAUUAUUGCCAGCCGCAGCUCUUGCAUCAGAGCAUUCAAAGGGAAGUUCCUCGAUUGCAAUUACUGCUCUUAUGGAAGAGAAGGGUUAUCAGGUGCCUGUCCUUGGAACGCCAUCUUUGUUGGGACAGUCACUAUUGCAUGGACAGUUGAUCCCCACAACUGGUCCAGUAAGAAUAAAUGCUGCUCGCCCUGGUGGUGGUCGGCCAGGCUGGGAACAUUCCAACAAGCUUGGGUAUCUGGUAUCUCCACCACAACAAAUGAGAAGAGGGGAGAGAAGCUGCUACAGAAGUAUAAACCGUGGGCGACAUCACAGCGAAAGAUCCCAGAGGAGUCAAGGCCCGUCACUACCUGCAACUCCAGUGUUUGUGCCUGUUCCACCGCCUCCUUUGUACCCACCUCCUCCCCACACACUUCCUCUCCCUCCAGGUGUUCCUCCCCCACAAUUUUCUCCUCAGUUUCCACCUGGCCAGCCACCACCUGCUGGGUAUAGUGUCCCUCCUCCAGGGUUUCCUCCAGCACCUGCCAAUUUAUCAACACCUUGGGUAUCAUCAGGAGUGCAGACAGCUCAUUCCAAUGCCAUCCCAACAACACAAGCACCUCCUUUGUCCAGGGAAGAAUUCUAUAGAGAGCAGCGGCGACUCAAAGAAGAGGAAAAGAAAAAGUCCAAGCUAGAUGAGUUUACAAAUGAUUUUGCUAAGGAAUUGAUGGAAUACAAAAAGAUUCAAAAGGAGCGUAGGCGCUCAUUUUCCAGGUCUAAAUCUCCCUAUAGUGGUUCAUCAUAUUCAAGAAGUUCAUAUACUUACUCUAAGUCAAGAUCUGGUUCAACACGUUCACGUUCUUAUUCUCGAUCAUUCAGCCGCUCACAUUCUCGUUCCUAUUCGCGAUCACCUCCAUACCCCAGAAGAGGAAGAGGCAAGAGUCGCAAUUACCGUUCAAGGUCUAGAUCUCAUGGAUACCAUCGAUCUAGGUCAAGAUCACCUCCAUACAGACGCUAUCAUUCACGAUCAAGAUCUCCUCAAGCAUUUAGGGGACAGUCUCCCAAUAAGCGUAAUGUGCCUCAGGGAGAAGCAGAACGUGAAUAUUUUAAUAGAUACAGAGAAGUUCCACCGCCUUAUGACAUGAAAGCAUAUUAUGGGAGGAGUGUGGACUUUAGGGACCCAUUUGAAAAAGAGCGAUACCGAGAAUGGGAAAGAAAAUACAGAGAGUGGUAUGAAAAAUAUUACAAAGGUUAUGCUGCUGGAGCACAGCCUAGACCCUCAGCAAACAGGGAGAACUUUUCUCCAGAAAGACUUUUACCUCUUACUAUCAGAAAUUCACCUUUCACGAGAGGGCGCAGAGAAGACUAUGUUGCUGGACAAAGUCACAGGAGUCGAAACAUAGGUGGUAACUAUGCAGAAAAGCUUUCAACAAGGGACGGUCACAAUCAAAAGGAUAAUGCAAAAUCAAAAGAGAAGGAGGGUGAAAAUGCUCCAGGAGAUAGUAAAGGAAAUAAGCAUAAGAAACAUAGAAAAAGAAGAAAGGGAGAAGAGACUGAAGGCUUUUUGAACCCAGAGUUACUAGAAACUUCUAGGAAGUCAAGAGAGUCUUCUGGUGUUGAAGAAAAUAAGGCAGAUGCAUUGUUUGUUCUUCCAAGUAGAGAUGAUGCCACACCUGUCAGAGAUGAACCAAUGGAUGCAGACUCCAUCACUUUCAAGUCAGUUUCUGAAAAGGACAAGAGAGAAAAGGAAAAAGAUAAACCAAAAACGAAAAGUGACAAGACCAAACGAAAAAAUGAUGGAUCUGCUGCAUCCAAAAAAGAAAACAUUUUAAAACCUGCUAAAGGAUCCCAAGAGAAAAUGGAUGGAGAACGUGAAAAAUCUCCUCGGUCUGAGCCUCCCCUGAAAAAGGCCAAAGAAGAGGCUGCAAAGACCGACCCUGCGAGGACUUCAUCAUCCUCUCAGAAGGAGGAAAAGGCCACUAGCACCCCCAGGAAAGCUCACUCCAAGUCUACAAAAGAGCACCAAGAGACAAAGCCAGUAAAAGAUGAGAAGGUAAGGAAGGACUAUUCCAAAGAUGUCAAAUCAGAGAAACUAACCAAGGAAGAGAAGGCCAAGAAGCCUGAGAAAAAUAAGCCACUUGAUAGCAAGGGGGAAAAAAGAAAGAGAAAAACUGAAGAAAAGAGUGGAGAUAAAGAUUUUGAGUCUUCAAUGAAAGUCUCUAAAGUAGAAGGAACUGAAAUAGUGAAGCCAUCACCAAAGCGCAAAAUGGAACCUGAUGUUGAAAAGCUGGAAAGAACCCCCGAAAAGGACAAAACAGCAUCAUCAACUGCCCCAGCCAAAAAAAUCAAGCUCAACAGAGAAACUGGAAAGAAAAUUGGAAGUACAGAAAAUAUACCUGGGACAAAAGAGCCCUCUGAAAAAUUGGAGUCAACAUCUAGCAAAGUUAAACAGGAAAAAGUCAAAGGAAAGGCCAAACGAAAAGUAACAGGAACUGAAGGUUCCAGCUCAACGCUUGUGGAUUAUACCAGGUAUCACUUUGGUACCAGUUCAACUGGAGGCAGUCCCGUGCGAAAACCUGAAGAAAAGACAGAUACAAAGCGAACUGUCAUUAAAACUAUGGAAGAAUAUAAUAAUGACAACACAGCUCCAGCUGAGGAUGUUAUCAUCAUGAUCCAGGUUCCUCAGUCCAAAUGGGAUAAAGAUGACUUUGAAUCUGAAGAAGAAGAUGCCAAAUCCACACAGCCUGUUCCAAGUGCAGGAAAACCUGCUAGUACUAUAAAGAGUGUUCCUACAACUAAGCCAUCAGCUGCAGUGAAGUAUGCUGAGAAAGACAGUGAGCAGUUGGAGAAGGUUCAGAAGCUCUCCAAGGAAGUCAGCCAUGACACUGUGCAGCACGAGGUCAAAAGUUCAAAGCCCUCUGCAUCUAGUGAAAAAGGGAGAAGCAAAGAUCGAGAUCACUGUGUGCUAGAGAAAGACCCUGACAAGAGGAAGAGCAGCAGUCAGCCUGACAGAGAGAGUAAUCUGGACCGACUGAGUGAACAAGGAGGCUUUAAAAGUCUGUCUCAGUCUUCCAAAGAGACUAGAACUUCAGAUAAGCAUGAUUCAUUGCGUGGCUCCUCCAGUAAAGACCUCACUCCCAGUAGAGACAAAAAGCCUGACUAUGACAGCCGAGAGUAUUCCAGCUCCAAACGGAGAGAUGAAAGAAGUGACUUAAGAAGAAAAGACUCUCCUCCUCGGAGUAAAGAUUCAGCAUCUGGACAAAAAAGUAAGCCAAGGGAGGAGAGAGACUUGCCUAAAAAAGGAGGAGAUUCCAAAAAAAGUAGUUCCAGCCCCUCACGAGACAAAAAACUUCAUGAUCAUAAAGCCCCUUAUGAUACUAAACGCUCCUGUGAUGAGACAAAAUCUGUAGAUAAAAGCCUAUGUAAGGAUCGAGAGAAGCAUGUGUCUGAGGCACGGAAUACUCGAGAGUUAAGCAGCAGUAAGUUGCCUUACAUACCUAGCCCAGCAGACUCUCAGACUGAGAAAGAACAAAUUACUGGACAAAUUGACAAGAGCAGCAUUAAGCCUAAACCUCAAUUAAGUCAUUCUUCUAGACUUUCAUCUGAUUUAACUAGAGAAACUGAUGAAGCUGCAUUUGAACCAGACUAUAAUGAGAGUGAUAGUGAAAGUAAUGUAUCUGUGAAAGAUGAGGAAAAUUCCACAAAUGCACCUAAGGACUUGAAGGACAAAAUGGUUGAGAAAACAAAAGAGAGUUUGAGCACAGCAGCAGCCAGUCAGGCAGGUGUGAGCAGGCGCCAGAGUCAAAGCAGCCCCAGUGUCAGUCCAAGUCGAAGUCAGAGCCCUUCUGGGAGCCAGACCCGAAGCCACAGCAGCAGUGCCAGCUCAGCAGACAGUGAGGACAGCAAAAAGAAGAAGAAGAAGAAGAAGGAGAAGAAGCACAAGAAACACAAGAAACAUAAGAAACACAAGAAGCACGUGGGCGCCGAGGGUGAUUUGGAGAAGAAGCACAAGCACAAGAAGAAAAAAUCCAAGAAAAACAAAGAUAAAGAAAAGGAAAAGGAAGACCAAAAAGUGAAAUCUGUCACUGUGUGAAAGGACAGAUUUUAAAACUUGACUUAAUUACUAAGUCAUCUGUAUUAGACUUUGUUAUAAUGUAAAGAGCCUGUAAAUAAUGACAUUGGAAGACCCUGUGCUGCACUUAAAAUAUUGCUGCUUGAUUAUUUGAUUUUUACAUCAGAGCUUUAUAACACGAACUUUUGUACAGAAUUGUGAGUUGUGACCAUGUAACAUGAGAGGUUUUUGCUAGGGCCUAUUAUUUUGAACCACCAUAAUUAGUUGGGGUGGAGUUUACUGUACUGUGAAAUUUUCACAUUUGAAUUUUUUUAAUUGCCUGGCAAAAGCUGAUAACAGUUCUAAAAUGUCAGCAGAAUGAUUUGCUGAACUCAUUACAGCCCUGUUAUGUCACUUUUUGAUUACAAUAAAAGUUUUCAGUAAACCUUUCAAA